GUUUCAGGCAGGUCUUUCGGGCGGAACUUGCAAGAGGCGAAGAGCGCUUUCCUUUCGCGGUUCCUCUGAAAGUCUCGCUCCUUUCGGACAGGCCAGUUAUGCCCUUCUCAAACAGCCACAAUCUUUCCAAGAUGAAUUACUCUGCAGAAGAUGAAUAUCCAGACCUGAGUCUCCAUAACAAUCACAUGGCUUCCAUUCUGACCUUGGAGUUAUAUACAAAGCUGAGGGGUAAACAGACUUCUAGUGGAUUUACCGUGGAUGAUUGUAUUCAGACCGGAGUGGACAACCCAGGCCAUCCCUUCAUUAAGACAGUAGGAUGCGUAGCUGGUGAUGAGGAAUCGUAUGACACAUUCUGUGACCUCUUUGACCCAGUUAUUGAAGAUCGACAUGGAGGCUACAAACCUACGGAUCAACAUAAGACUGACUUGAAUGCUGAUAACCUGGAGGGUGGUGAUGAUUUGGACCCCAACUAUGUUCUGAGUUCACGUGUCCGAACUGGUAGGAGCAUUCGUGGCUUCUGUCUGCCUCCCCACUGUAGCAGAGGAGAGAGACGUGCAAUUGAAAAACUUUCUGUGGAAGCUUUGGCCAGCCUGGAAGGGGACUUCAGUGGGAAGUACUAUGCUUUGAAGAAUAUGACAGACGCCGAACAGCAGCAGCUCAUUGAUGAUCACUUCCUUUUUGAUAAACCUGUUUCCCCUUUGCUCUUGGCUUCUGGAAUGGCCCGUGACUGGCCUGAUGGAAGGGGCAUCUGGCAUAAUGACAAUAAGACUUUCCUUGUGUGGAUCAAUGAGGAAGAUCACCUUAGAAUUAUUUCCAUGCAAAAAGGUGGAAAUAUGAAAGAGGUUUUUGCUCGUUUCUGUUCUGGGCUAACCCAGCUUGAAUCACUCUUCAAAUCCCAAAACUAUGAAUAUAUGUGGAAUUCCCAUCUGGGAUAUAUCUUGACUUGCCCAUCCAACCUUGGCACAGGUCUCCGAGCGGGAGUUCAUGUUAAAUUGCCGAAUCUUAGCAAACAUGAGAAAUUUGGAGAUGUCCUCAAGAGGCUUAGGCUGCAGAAACGUGGUACAGGUGGUGUGGACACAGCAGCUGUGGGAGGAGUCUUUGAUAUCUCCAACGCUGACCGUCUGGGCUUCUCUGAAGUAGAGCUGGUGCAGAUGGUAGUGGAUGGAGUAAAGCUGUUGAUUGAAAUGGAGAAACGCCUUGAAAAGGGCCAGUGCAUUAAUGAUUUGAUUCCAGCUCAGAAAUGAAAAGCACUUUAAUGUUCUAGCUCCUCAUGCUUCUUCCUAACUUAUUGGAUGAAUUAUAUAUACACACAAAAUAAGAUGACGCUCCGAUCAAAAUCAUGGAGUCAAAAGAGAUUUUCCCACUUAGUAACAUUGUAGAAAGUCUUCCAUCCACAUGUGUUAGAGUUUAUUUUUUUGAUGGCUGAAAUAUCACUGAGAAACUGAAAUAAAACUUCAU